UUUAUGUGUCUGUUUCUGUUAGGACAAAGAAGUUUUUAAAAUCACAAUGACGACUGAACAAGCCCCAAAUCCAAAGGAAACUCAGGAGUUUCAAUUUAAACUGCUGGCUCGUCUGAGGCUGUUUAAAGAAAAUCCUCAGCUGCCUUUAAAACAGUCACUCAGUUUGGUCGCCUCAGCUUCCAAAUUCGGGCUAAUCUUCGUUGGAACUACAACGGGAUUUGAUGUGAUACAGACAGUUAGCGUCCUUGAAAAAUGUGUGGGAAUCAAGAAACCAUCCACCGAUGUCACGGAUUUUCCUCGUCGUGCUAUACAGCUUGGAGCCCAGCCGACACACCUAGACGUCAGUUGUGAUGGAACGCUGUUGGCCGUCGCUUGUGCCGGAGCCAUACGUAUCUAUGACACUACGUCCUUCACUUCCCAGUCAGAGAAGAUGGUGCAGGAAGUGAGGGUAAUGUCGGCAGUUCAGGCACUCAGUUGGAACCCUGGCAUUGUCAACAUGUUGGCUGCCGUCAUGCAAGACGGCUCCGCCAACGUCUACGAGCUGAAGAACAACACGUUUGAGAUCCACUCGAUACCUCCGGAAGCUCAGGCCACGUGCCUUUGCUGGAGUCCAAAAGGCAAACAGAUUGUGAUUGGUUCAAGAAACGGAUCGUUGAACCAGUUCAAACCGGAGCUGAAGAUCGUCAAGGCCAUCCCUCCUCCUCAAGGCGAUUGGACGUUGGUCAGCAUUCACUGGCUAAGCAACUUCCAGUACGCAGCUGUGUACAGUCCGCAAGGCCAACAGCGUCCUUGCCUCGUCAUAGUCAACACUCCCAAAAACGCACCCAUCUCCUACGUCAACUACGAUGACAUCACCUACAGCAACGGUGAAAACCGAACCAACCAGUUCUACUUCAUACACCAACAAGCUUGGAAUGUGUUACUGGUCGCCUCAGCGAACAGUAUGGAGGUGGGAGUGCUUGGACGAGCUGGCGAGUCGCCAUGGCAACAGUGGCAGAUGGAGGACGCUGCGCGAGCCGAGCUGCCGCUGUCUCCCUCUCGUCAGGAGACUCAUCCUGUGGGCAUGGCUUUUGAUAUCAGUCCACAGUACAAUCUGCCUUGGGGUGAAAACCAGCAACUUCCGCCGAUGCCAUUACUACUGCUACUGUCACAUGAGGGGUUGUUGACCCUGUACUGGUGCAUCAACUUGCAGCCUGGCAGUCCGUGUGUGUGUACUCCCCCCACCCCUCUACCUGACACUAGCGGACUGGGGCACUUCAGGUCACCUGCGCCUGCGCCUGCACCUGUACAACAGCAACAGCCACAGAUUACGCAGCAGACACCGCAGAAGCCACAGUUGGUAGCGCCGUCUGCUCCGUCAACAUUCUUCACUCCAGCGCCUGUGUCGUUUGCCCCGUCUGUGCCUACUGCUGCUACCCCCGCCACCAUCGCUGCCCCCACUGCCGUCUCUGCUACGCCUACCAGCCAGUGGCAGCAACCCCCCACUGCACAACCGGCGUGGACUUUGCCUGCGCUGUCGGCUCAGCCAGAUAAGUCUGCAGGUUCGUGGAUGUCGUCACCGUCAGCUACCACGGUGUUUGCUGCUUCUACUGCGUCGUCUGCCUUCACUACUCCGGCAGUAUCUACUACACAGCCUACAUUUGGAGCACAGCCUCUCAGCUUUGCACCUUCGGAAGGCUUUGGAAAACCUGUUGGAACAUUAGUCCAGCCUGCUUCACCCGUCGUUCCAAAGGCAGUAACACCUGUCGUUACUUCUGUCGCUCCUGUCCAGCCGCCGCCGACUUUGGAAAUCCCGGUUGCUUCUUUCCCUGUUCAAGUGCCACCUGCCCUUUGCACGCCUGAACCGGAAGUGACUGAAGAGAGCGAACACUUGCGGCAGAUGAAUGAGGCCCUCAUACAAGACAGCAUCCGAGAGGAGAUCAACUUCUGCGACAAGGAGCUUCAGCAGUUGAGCCAACGAGUGUGCAAUCUCAACGUGGACGUGUUGAAUGAAGUUGACACUGACAAGUUGGUAGCGGACACAGAAGAGAUGUCUGCGUUCAUGCGGGAGCUGAAGGAGACGACGGACGUGCAAGCUGCGGAGGUGGAUGUGCUGCGGAACUUCAUCCUGCAGUCCUUCUCCUACGUGGAGAGCAUGAAGACGCGACUGCGGCUGCAGAACAAUCCCGACUACAUGAGUAUCCAGAGCUCCCAAGGACUGGAUCCGAUUCAAGCUCGUAGGAUGACAGAUAUCCGGAACAACAUACAUUACAUUGAGAGUCAGCUUAGAAAAUUCAAUGAGGACAUGGUCGAACGUUGGGGAUCGUUCCAGGAUGCUAACAAGGAAAACCGAGAAGUUAUGCACAUCCCCUCGCUGGAGGCUGUCUACCAAGCCAUCGUGCUGCAGAACAACAUCAUGUCCAAACAGAGGGCGCUCAUCAGCCAGUUGGAGGAGAAGGCCAAGCUGAGAGAACGCAAGAGAGUGUUGGGGCUGCUCAACGUAUCCAGGAUGGUGGACGACAUUGAGUCUGAGCAUAAAGAAACAGACGUUUCCAAGAUUGCUGACGAUUUCCUUUCGCUGAAUUUGAAAAAGUUUACAAGAAACUCAACAAUAGACAAACUCCAAGAAUCCGUAGCUGACUUCUCCUUAUCAAACAUUGAACAAGACUUGCAAGAGAUGAGCGCAGAAAAGGCGAUGCUGCUGCAACAGAUUUUCAGUGAUUGCCAGCUGAGGCACUUGAACAGCAAGUCAUUUUGGUCAUCGCCAUCUUCACAGCUGCAGAGUUCAAGAAGAAUGUCCCCAUUGGCAGGUUCUACCAUUGGAUCUCCCAGAGCAGGUGCUGUUGAGGUUGUCAAACCGAGCGUGGUCAACCAACAUGUAAAAACUGCAGAAAAUUUGAAAACAUCUUUCUCCAUGGCCUCUUCUACUUCUUCAAAUUUCAGUGGCUUUGCUGUGAAUAAAGCUCAGGCUUCUGCAAGUGUUGCAGGAUCAAAGAUUCCUUCUCAAGGUGUGCAAGCAUUUAGCUCCAGUGCUGAAGUAGCACCAAAACCUAAUGAAGCACCAGCCAACUGGGUCUGCAGCUCGUGCAAGUCUCCUGGUUCAAGCUCAACCAGUGUUUCUCAAACCAGUCAGCCCGUAUCACAGUCUAUUUUUGCUCCCACUACCACAGCUUCAAAAGGCUUCUCCUUCUCUUCUCUUGCAGGCUCACAAAGAACCCCGCCAUUUAACACUCCAUGUCCUCCCUUUGGUUCUGACAGGUCUUCAGUUCAACCAGCUGCUACUUCCCAACCGUUUGUGACUUUAGGUAAAACGUUUACUUUCACCACAACAGCGUCUACAACUGUAGCUUCGACUAUGUUUACUAAUAGUUUCUCCAAGACUGAAAUGCCCAAAUCGACCUCGUCUUCAACACUCCCAUCAACACCGAAAAGUGCUGCAUCGGAAAGUGGCUUUGGCUUGAGUGUUUCAGCCCCCCAGGCUACAGCACCUGCUAGUCCCCUGGCUUCUCUAUCUUCAUUAGUGUCUGGAAUAGAACCGUUGAAACCUUCCAAGGAAUCACCUGUUAGAAACCAAGCAUCAGGAGAAAUCGCAAAACCGGUUAGUCAACCGUUUGUCUUCAAGAUUCCGAGUGAAAAUAAAGCCAGCCCUGCAAAGGAUUCGGAAGUCACUCCCCAGAAACCAUCAACGUUUGGUUUCCCGACAGCAAAUAAACAAGAUUCAAAAGAUGCAGUUAGCAGUGCAAGUGAUGGUAAUCAGUUCGGUGGUGCUUUCAAAAAACUUUUUGAUAGUACACCGACCAAGUCUAUUUUUGGCGGGAACCCCGCUAUAGUUACUUCAGAUUCAGGACAAGCUCCAACAAAUAUGUUUGGUUUUUCAAGCACAACUUCUUCAAGUGUGUUUUCUGCAAGUAGCAACAUUGCUGUUUCCUCUCAAAGCCAAAAGCCUGUUUUUGGAGUUUCCACAACCACACCUUCGAGUCUCCCAGCAAUGCAAGUCAAGCCUGCUGAGACUCAAGCUGAAGAAUCAGGAGCUGAUUCUACAUCUCCAGUGAUAGAGGUGUGUAUCACGCCUCCUAGGAGUGGAGUUGAACCGAAAGCGUCUAUAGAAAAACUUGAAAGUAUCAAAGGAAUAACAAUUACCAAGGUCGAGUCUCCUGGUACAAAGUCUGCCCUUGAAGCACCUCUGGCAGAUUCAAACACACCAGCGUCUCCAAUGUUCGGCAGCUCAUUUACCACCCCUACUAAACCGAGUUCAACCAGUUUUGGUGGCUCUCCAAUUAUCAAGCCCUCAGUGAUGUAUGAAGUUUCAAACCCAGACACACAACUUACACAAGAACAACCAGAGGGAAAAGCAUUAGAAAAAGUCCCAGAUUUAACAAAACCACAAAGCGUCUUUGGAGGAGCCGUAGCAGUUACAGCUCCUACAUCCUUUAGCUUCUCCUCUCCAGCGCAAUCAAAAGACACCACACAGGCAGGAGCUGGAUUUACUUUUGGUUUGAAAACACCUGAAACUGCCUCCUCCACCUCGGCUACACCUGUCAUUUCUGCACAAGCCACUUCAACAUUAAGCUUUGCUACAGCAACCACCUCAACUACAGCUUCCCCUGCGUUUAGCUUCAGUCUUUCAACAUCUAAUGCAACCACUAGUGCCAGCAGCACGUUCGGUUUAGGAGGUCUUACGACAGCUCUAUCCUCAGAGGACAAAUCCAAAUCCGCUUUUUCGUUCGGACAGCAGGCACAAACACCUGUUACUACAGCUGCAAGCAUCUUUGGAGGGUUUGGCUUAAAAGCUGCAGAAAGUACGCCUGUGUUUGGACAGUCGUCUGCUCCCUCAUCUACUGCUGCUGAACAAACAAAAAGUAUUUUCGGUCAAGCCUCCUCGACCACUAGUGAAACCAAAAGUAUCUUCGGGGGCGCUGCAACCGGUUCAGAAGCCAAGAGUGUUUUUGGGACUCCUGUGUCUGGCUCUGAAACAAAGAGCGUUUUUGGGGUUCCUGCUUCUAGCUCAGAAACAAAGAGCGCUUUUGGGGCUCCUGCUUCUGGCUCGGAAACAAAGAGUAUAUUUGGAACUCCUGUUACGAGUGCUGAAACUAAAAGUGUUUUUGGAGCCGCUUCCACCAACUCAGAGACCAAAAGCAUUUUUGGGACUCCUGCCACCAGCACAGAGACCAAAACCAUUUUUGGAAUUCCUGCCACAAGUUCUGAAACAAAAAGCAUUUUUGGAACUACUACCAGCACCGAAACCAAAAGUAUUUUUGGCACACCUGUGAGUGCUGGUGAGACUAAAAACAUUUUUGGAACCCCUGCCACCUCUUCAGAAUCUAUAAGUGCAUUUGGAACUCCCUCGUCCACAACUGAAACUAAAAGCAUGUUUGGACAACCGGCAGCAAGUGAAAACAAGAGCAUCUUUGGCCAAUCUGCUGCAGCUGGUGGUGAAGCCAAAUCUGAUUUUAGCUUCUCCCUCUCUUCACUUUCAGUAGCAACAACAGGGCAGUCAUCCUUUUUUGGCACUCCGACAACAAACACAAACAGCUUUUUCGGCCAACAAAUCUGCAGCCCUACUUCCGCCGCCAGUUCUCCUUUUGGUCAGCCGACUACUACUCCUUCUGGCCCCUUUGGAACAGCGUCUCCAGCUUUUGGCUCUCCUGCUACCUUUGGACAAUCUGGUGGAUCGCUUUUCGGCAGUCAGUCAAGCAGUGGAGGGUUUGGUGCUAGUGGCGGGUCCAUGUUCGGAGGUGGUUUUGGAUCCUCCCAACCUAGCAGUCCAUUUGGAUCCUCUCAAGGAACAACUGGAAGUAUGUUUGGUGGAGGCUCAUUUAGUUCCGGUGGACAGUCUGUUGGACAAACUGGUUUCGGUUCACCAGCUUUCCAGAACAAACCUGCUGCCUUUGGGUCUACUAGCCCGCAGCCAGCAUUUGGAGCUGCCCCAGCGUUCGGAGCAGCCCCAACCUUUGGUGGCUCUCCUGCCUUUGGAAGCCCUCCCAAACUCUUUGGGAGUCCAGCGGCACCCACUCCAGGUUUUGGCAGCACACAACAGUCGUCCACGUUUGGUAACUUGGCGAAUCAGAACACGAUGACAUUCGGUAACCUGGCACAAAAUCAGACGCCGGUGUUUGGCGGAGGCAGCAUCUUCGGUGGGGCUCAACAACAACAACAACAACAACCAGCCGCGCCGGCUUUUGCUCCGGCUACCACCAGCUCCUCCUUUGGGGGGAGUUCAUUUAGCAGUUGGAGAUAAAGACCUGCGUAAACUAAGAGUGUCAUUACCUUCCCUUGAAGAGAUAGCUAGUCCUAUGUAACUAGUUGGACUAUUUCCUAAAGUUGAAAAUCCUAAACGAGAAGUCCAGACUUAAAAAUCAAACUCUUCUGGACAAGUACUCCUUAAAAAUUGUCUACAAGUAGCAAAACAUUUCCGUUGUAUAAAAUGUGAAUAUAAAAAUAAAGUAAGUCUUUUCACUA